AUGAUGUGCGUCGCGGACCACAACAAGGACGGGUACAUGGACCUGGAGGAGUUCAUGGAGGUGCACCGGAACGGCGUGCAGCUCGGGGACAUCCGGCGGGCCUUCUUCGUGUUCGACAGGGACGAGGACGGCAGGAUCAGUGCGGAGGAGGUCAUGACGGUCCUGCGCAAGCUCGGGCAGAGCUGCAGCCUGGAUGAGUGCCGGAAGAUGGUGAGGGAGAUCGACAGGGACGGCGAUGGCUUCGUGGGCAUGGACGAUUUUAUGGUCAUGAUGACUCGCCCGCGGAGGAAGCCGUGA